AUGCGUCGUUGGCAGUAUUGUUUAGUGUCUAUUGCGUGUAAUUCCUUCGUUCGCGCCAUAACGACAACGCGUGGGCUCCUCGGGCUGGAGCAGCUGCAGGAUGUGCCGACAUCUACUAGCAGGCGGCCCCGUGGCAUGCAUCGCGGCCCCGGCAAACGGCAGACGACCGAGAAGGAGGCGGAACGCUACCGCUUCAUCAAGCGGUGGGACUUGCAAAUGCGGGAGGGAUGGGACGAGCUCGAGGCGUUCAAAGGGCUGCCAAAACCGAAACAGCAGUUUGGCAACGAGGCGGCAGAAAUCGUUUGGCCCUACGCGGUCCUGCUGGAGAGGGUUGUGAAGGUGCACCCCUUCACCAAGUCCAUCUACGUUUACUACGGUCAGCGGCAGAGCACCCCACUGGGGAAAUUGGCAGCGGAAACGGCAAAGAGAUUUGCGCGUGAGUUCCUCAUCCCCAUCACAUUCCACAACUCGCAGGUGUAUGUGGAGACGGAGAUGCUGCUAGAGUACAACGAAACACCGUGGGUGGUGGUGCACGCCCUCGAUGGCGGCCAACGCAUCCUGCCGGUCCAUCCAGCAGCAGAGGAUACGCCCAUUGACGCGGGCGUCACUCAGUUGCUUCGUGAAGUAGUGAAAACAUGCGAGGCGCUCGCCGCUGCCGUGGCGAACCCAAAGGAGGUGACGCGCAUGCUUAACGAGCGGCCGCUGCAAAAUCAGUACGUGCGCGUCAACUACCAGUGGUUUGGCGACACGCCGGAUGAGCGUUGCAGCCAUUUGGUGAGAUGGGACUUUGAUCCGGCAGAGGUGGAGCCGAUUAUGCGACAACGCACCCGCCACGUGCUGAAUUGGUUAAAUUACGACGGAAACUUGCCGAACCACAACUCUGUUCGUGUCAACGUGUUCAGGGAGAAGACACGACUGCGCAGCCCGCAGACGACAAGUGGUCCGAAAACGUUCUUCAACUCUGUCGGUUCCCGCGCCAACGCCCGUUCCUCGCGAUUUGGUGGUCAGUCGGCCGUGGGGAAGUGA